GCCUAUGGAAAUAGACUGGAAGGAAAAGCUCACGAGGGAAAGACAACAACUUGAAGAUGUAAAGGAGGAGAUACAGAAGGAAAAAGAAGCCUUUGAGAGAAAGAAGGGAUUGACCAUGAAAGAAAGAGAUGAGUUUGAUCUGAUGAAGUCUGAAACACAGGGACAAUUGGAGGAAAUAGAACAAAACAAACAAGACAUUCGUGUGGAGAAGGAAAAGCUGGAUCAGAUCAAAGCUGAGUUAGAAAGACGGUCUGAAGACGUAAAUCAGAUCAUGGAUGAGACAAGACGGGAGAGGGGGAAGGUUGAAGAACUGGCUUUCCAAACUCAAAAACAACGAGAAGAAAUGGUGGGUUUUAUGGAAAAGAACAAACAAAAGCAGAACGAACUGGAACUCAUGAAUGACAAGAUUGAAAGAGAGAAACAAGACAUCGAAGAAAGGCAGGAUGUGCUAACAAAGGAGAGAGAGGAGCUGGAACAAAUGAGGAGUGAGAUACAGCAACAGAGAGAGGAGACAGAAUCUCACAUGGAAGAUCAAAGGAAAGAGAAAGAACAUUUGGAACAAAUGACGACGGACAUGAAAAAACAGUUGCUAGAGGUGGACAAUGACAAGGAAAUGAUAGAAAGCUCAAUGGGUGAACUGAGAGUGAAAGAGGCAGAAAUGGUGAGAGAAAAAGACAACAUGGAUGACAAGAUGGCUCGGCUCAAAGAGGAAGAGGAUAGAAUGCGGGAAGAAAUAGGAAAGAAGAUGGACAUCUUAAAGCAGGAAAGUUGUGAAAUCAAAAGACUGAGAGAUGAAAUUGACAGUGAAAAGGACCAGCUGAAUGCAAAAUUGCUUGAGUUGGAAAAAAUGCGUGAAGAACUAGAUAGAGAGAAGAAGGAAGUGAAAGACAGGAAGGAUGAAACACUGAAAGAGAAAGAUCAGUUGGAAGAGAGGCGAUGUAAGAUAAGUAAGGAGAAAGAGGAAUUGGAUAUCAGUCUUGAACUGAUGAAAAGACAAAGGGAAGACUUGACGAGCUUGAAGGCUGAAGCAGAAGCACAGACCGAGCCUAUGGAAAUAGACUGGAAGGAAAAGCUCACGAGGGAAAGACAACAACUUGAAGAUGUAAAGGAGGAGAUACAGAAGGAAAAAGAAACCUUUGAGAGAAAGAAGGGAUUGACCAUGAAAGAAAGAGAUGAGUUUGAUCUGAUGAAGUCUGAAACACAGGGACAAUUGGAGGAAAUAGAACAAAACAAACAAGACAUUCGUGUGGAGAAGGAAAAGCUGGAUCAGAUCAAAGCUGAGUUAGAAAGACGGUCUGAAGACGUAAAUCAGAUCAUGGACGAGACAAGACGGGAGAGGGGGAAGGUUGAAGAACUGGCUUUCCAAACUCAAAAACAACGAGAAGAAAUGGUGGGUUUUAUGGAAAAGAACAAACAAAAUCAGAACGAACUGGAACUCAUGAAUGACAAGAUUGAAAGAGAGAAACAAGACAUCGAAGAAAGGCAGGAUGUGCUAACAAAGGAGAGAGAGGAGCUGGAACAAAUGAGGAGUGAGUUACAGCAACAGAGAGAGGAGACAGAAUCUCACAUGGAAGAUCAAAGGAAAGAGAAAGAACAUUUGGAACAAAUGACGACGGACAUGAAAAAACAGUUGCUAGAGGUGGACAAUGACAAGGAAAUGAUAGAAAGCUCAAUGGGUGAACUGAGAGUGAAAGAGGCAGAAAUGGUGAGAGAAAAAGACAACAUGGAUGACAAGAUGGCUCGGCUCAAAGAGGAAGAGGAUAGAAUGUGGGAAGAAAUAGGAAAGAAGAUGGACAUCUUAAAGCAGGAAAGUUGUGAAAUCAAAAGACUGAGAGAUGAAAUUGACGGUGAAAAGGACUAUCUGAAUGCGAAAUUGCUUGAGUUGGAAAAAAUGCGUGAAGAACUAGAUAGAGAGAAGAAGGAAGUGAAAGACAGGAAGGAUGAAACACUGAAAGAGAAAGAUCAGUUGGAAGAGAGGCGAUGUACGAUAAGUAAGGAGAAAGAGGAAUUGGAUAUCAGUCUUGAACUGAUGAAAAGACAAAGGGAAGACUUGACGAGCUUGAAGGCUGAAGCAGAAGCACAGACCGAGUCUAUGGAAAUAGACUGGAAGGAAAAGCUCACGAGGGAAAGACAACAACUUGAAGAUGUAAAGGAGGAGAUACAGAAGGAAAAAGAAGCCUUUGAGAGAAAGAAGGGAUUGACCAUGAAAGAAAGAGAUGAGUUUGAUCUGAUGAAGUCUGAAACACAGGGACAAUUGGAGGAAAUAGAACAAAACAAACAAGACAUUCGUGUGGAGAAGGAAAAGCUGGAUCAGAUCAAAGCUGAGUUAGAAAGACGGUCUGAAGACGUAAAUCAGAUCAUGGACGAGACAAGACGGGAGAGGGGGAAGGUUGAAGAACUGGCUUUCCAAACUCAAAAACAACGAGAAGAAAUGGUGGGUUUUAUGGAAAAGAACAAACAAAAGCAGAACGAACUGGAACUCAUGAAUGACAAGAUUGAAAGAGAGAAACAAGACAUCGAAGAAAGGCAGGAUGUGCUAACAAAGGAGAGAGAGGAGCUGGAACAAAUGAGGAGUGAGAUACAGCAACAGACAGAGGAGACAGAAUCUCACAUGGAAGAUCAAAGGAAAGAGAAAGAACAUUUGGAACAAAUGACGACGGACAUGAAAAAACAGUUGCUAGAGGUGGACAAUGACAAGGAAAUGAUAGAAAUCUCAAUGGGUGAACUGAGAGUGAAAGAGGCAGAAAUGGUGAGAGAAAAAGACAACAUGGAUGACAAGAUGGCUCGGCUCAAAGAGGAAGAGGAUAGAAUGUGGGAAGAAAUAGGAAAGAAGAUGGACAUCUUAAAGCAGGAAAGUUGUGAAAUCAAAAGACUGAGAGAUGAAAUUGACGGUGAAAAGGACCAUCUGAAUGCGAAAUUGCUUGAGUUGGAAAAAAUGCGUGAAGAACUAGAUAGAGAGAAGAAGGAAGUGAAAGACAGGAAGGAUGAAACACUGAAAGAGAAAGAUCAGUUGGAAGAGAGGCGAUGUACGAUUAGUAAGGAGAAAGAGGAAUUGGAUAUCAGUCUUGAACUGAUGAAAAGACAAAGGGAAGACUUGACGAGCUUGAAGGCUGAAGCAGAAGCACAGACCGAGCCUAUGGAAAUAGACUGGAAGGAAAAGCUCACGAGGGAAAGACAACAACUUGAAGAUGUAAAGGAGGAGAUACAGAAGGAAAAAGAAGCCUUUGAGAGAAAGAAGGGAUUGACCAUGAAAGAAAGAGAUGAGUUUGAUCUGAUGAAGUCUGAAACACAGGGACAAUUGGAGGAAAUAGAACAAAACAAACAAGACAUUCGUGUGGAGAAGGAAAAGCUGGAUCAGAUCAAAGCUGAGUUAGAAAGACGGUCUGAAGACGUAAAUCAGAUCAUGGACGAGACAAGACGGGAGAAGGGGAAGGUUGAAGAACUGGCUUUCCAAACUCAAAAACAACGAGAAGAAAUGGUGGAUUUUAUGGAAAAGAACAAACAAAAGCAGAACGAACUGGAACUCAUGAAUGACAAGAUUGAAAGAGAGAAACAAGACAUCGAAGAAAGGCAGGAUGUGCUAACAAAGGAGAGAGAGGAGCUGGAACAAAUGAGGAGUGAGAUACAGCAACAGAGAGAGGAGACAGAAUCUCACAUGGAAGAUCAAAGGAAAGAGAAAGAACAUUUGGAACAAAUGACGACGGACAUGAAAAAACAGUUGCUAGAGGUGGACAAUGACAAGGAAAUGAUAGAAAUCUCAAUGGGUGAACUGAGAGUGAAAGAGGCAGAAAUGGUGAGAGAAAAAGACAACAUGGAUGACAAGAUGGCUCGGCUCAAAGAGGAAGAGGAUAGAAUGUGGGAAGAAAUAGGAAAGAAGAUGGACAUCUUAAAGCAGGAAAGUUGUGAAAUCAAAAGACUGAGAGAUGAAAUUGACGGUGAAAAGGACUAUCUGAAUGCGAAAUUGCUUGAGUUGGAAAAAAUGCGUGAAGAACUAGAUAGAGAGAAGAAGGAAGUGAAAGACAGGAAGGAUGAAACACUGAAAGAGAAAGAUCAGUUGGAAGAGAGGCGAUGUACGAUUAGUAAGGAGAAAGAGGAAUUGGAUAUCAGUCUUGAACUGAUGAAAAGACAAAGGGAAGACUUGACGAGCUUGAAGGCUGAAGCAGAAGCACAGACCGAGCCUAUGGAAAUAGACUGGAAGGAAAAGCUCACGAGGGAAAGACAACAACUUGAAGAUGUAAAGGAGGAGAUACAGAAGGAAAAAGAAGCCUUUGAGAGAAAGAAGGGAUUGACCAUGAAAGAAAGAGAUGAGUUUGAUCUGAUGAAGUCUGAAACACAGGGACAAUUGGAGGAAAUAGAACAAAACAAACAAGACAUUCGUGUGGAGAAGGAAAAGCUGGAUCAGAUCAAAGCUGAGUUAGAAAGACGGUCUGAAGACGUAAAUCAGAUCAUGGACGAGACAAGACGGGAGAGGGGGAAGGUUGAAGAACUGGCUUUCCAAACUCAAAAACAACGAGAAGAAAUGGUGGGUUUUAUGGAAAAGAACAAACAAAAGCAGAACGAACUGGAACUCAUGAAUGACAAGAUUGAAAGAGAGAAACAAGACAUCGAAGAAAGGCAGGAUGUGCUAACAAAGGAGAGAGAGGAGCUGGAACAAAUGAGGAGUGAGAUACAGCAACAGAGAGAGGAGACAGAAUCUCACAUGGAAGAUCAAAGGAAAGAGAAAGAACAUUUGGAACAAAUGACGACGGACAUGAAAAAACAGUUGCUAGAGGUGGACAAUGACAAGGAAAUGAUAGAAAUCUCAAUGGGUGAACUGAGAGUGAAAGAGGCAGAAAUGGUGAGAGAAAAAGACAACAUGGAUGACAAGAUGGCUCGGCUCAAAGAGGAAGAGGAUAGAAUGUGGGAAGAAAUAGGAAAGAAGAUGGACAUCUUAAAGCAGGAAAGUUGUGAAAUCAAAAGACUGAGAGAUGAAAUUGACGGUGAAAAGGACUAUCUGAAUGCGAAAUUGCUUGAGUUGGAAAAAAUGCGUGAAGAACUAGAUAGAGAGAAGAAGGAAGUGAAAGACAGGAAGGAUGAAACACUGAAAGAGAAAGAUCAGUUGGAAGAGAGGCGAUGUAAGAUUAGUAAGGAGAAAGAGGAAUUGGAUAUCAGUCUUGAACUGAUGAAAAGACAAAGGGAAGACUUGACGAGCUUGAAGGCUGAAGCAGAAGCACAGACCGAGCCUAUGGAAAUAGACUGGAAGGAAAAGCUCACGAGGGAAAGACAACAACUUGAAGAUGUAAAGGAGGAGAUACAGAAGGAAAAAGAAGCCUUUGAGAGAAAGAAGGGAUUGACCAUGAAAGAAAGAGAUGAGUUUGAUCUGAUGAAGUCUGAAACACAGGGACAAUUGGAGGAAAUAGAACAAAACAAACAAGACAUUCGUGUGGAGAAGGAAAAGCUGGAUCAGAUCAAAGCUGAGUUAGAAAGACGGUCUGAAGACGUAAAUCAGAUCAUGGACGAGACAAGACGGGAGAGGGGGAAGGUUGAAGAACUGGCUUUCCAAACUCAAAAACAACGAGAAGAAAUGGUGGGUUUUAUGGAAAAGAACAAACAAAAGCAGAACGAACUGGAACUCAUGAAUGACAAGAUUGAAAGAGAGAAACAAGACAUCGAAGAAAGGCAGGAUGUGCUAACAAAGGAGAGAGAGGAGCUGGAACAAAUGAGGAGUGAGAUACAGCAACAGAGAGAGGAGACAGAAUCUCACAUGGAAGAUCAAAGGAAAGAGAAAGAACAUUUGGAACAAAUGACGACGGACAUGAAAAAACAGUUGCUAGAGGUGGACAAUGACAAGGAAAUGAUAGAAAUCUCAAUGGGUGAACUGAGAGUGAAAGAGGCAGAAAUGGUGAGAGAAAAAGACAACAUGGAUGACAAGAUGGCUCGGCUCAAAGAGGAAGAGGAUAGAAUGUGGGAAGAAAUAGGAAAGAAGAUGGACAUCUUAAAGCAGGAAAGUUGUGAAAUCAAAAGACUGAGAGAUGAAAUUGACGGUGAAAAGGACUAUCUGAAUGCGAAAUUGCUUGAGUUGGAAAAAAUGCGUGAAGAACUAGAUAGAGAGAAGAAGGAAGUGAAAGACAGGAAGGAUGAAACACUGAAAGAGAAAGAUCAGUUGGAAGAGAGGCGAUGUAAGAUAAGUAAGGAGAAAGAGGAAUUGGAUAUCAGUCUUGAACUGAUGAAAAGACAAAGGGAAGACUUGACGAGCUUGAAGGCUGAAGCAGAAGCACAGACCGAGCCUAUGGAAAUAGACUGGAAGGAAAAGCUCACGAGGGAAAGACAACAACUUGAAGAUGUAAAGGAGGAGAUACAGAAGGAAAAAGAAGCCUUUGAGAGAAAGAAGGGAUUGACCAUGAAAGAAAGAGAUGAGUUUGAUCUGAUGAAGUCUGAAACACAGGGACAAUUGGAGGAAAUAGAACAAAACAAACAAGACAUUCGUGUGGAGAAGGAAAAGCUGGAUCAGAUCAAAGCUGAGUUAGAAAGACGGUCUGAAGACGUAAAUCAGAUCAUGGACGAGACAAGACGGGAGAGGGGGAAGGUUGAAGAACUGGCUUUCCAAACUCAAAAACAACGAGAAGAAAUGGUGGGUUUUAUGGAAAAGAACAAACAAAAGCAGAACGAACUGGAACUCAUGAAUGACAAGAUUGAAAGAGAGAAACAAGACAUCGAAGAAAGGCAGGAUGUGCUAACAAAGGAGAGAGAGGAGCUGGAACAAAUGAGGAGUGAGAUACAGCAACAGAGAGAGGAGACAGAAUCUCACAUGGAAGCUCAAAGGAAAGAGAAAGAACAUUUGGAACAAAUGACGACGGACAUGAAAAAACAGUUGCUAGAGGUGGACAAUGACAAGGAAAUUAUAGAAACCUCAAUUGGUGAACUGAGAGUGAAAGAGGCAGAAAUGGUGAGAGAAAAAGACAACAUGGAUGACAAGAUGGCUCGGCUCAAAGAGGAAGAGUAUAGAAUGCGGGAAGAAAUAGGAAAGAAGAUGGACAUCUUAAAGCAGGAAAGUUGUGAAAUCAAAAGACUGAAAGAUGAAAUUGACAGUGAAAAGGACCAGCUGAAUGCAAAAUUGCUUGAGUUGGAAAAAAUGCGUGAAGAACUAGAUAGAGAGAAGAAGGAAGUGAAAGACAGGAAGGAUGAAACACUGAAAGAGAAAGAUCAGUUGGAAGAGAGGCGAUGUAAGAUAAGUAAGGAGAAAGAGGAAUUGGAUAUCAGUCUUGAACUGAUGAAAAGACAAAGGGAAGAAUUGACGAGCUUGAAGGCUGAAGCAGAAGCACAGACCGAGCCUAUGGAAAUAGACUGGAAGGAAAAGCUCACGAGGGAAAGACAACAACUUGAAGAUGUAAAGGAGGAGAUACAGAAGGAAAAAGAAGCCUUUGAGAGAAAGAAGGGAUUGACCAUGAAAGAAAGAGAUGAGUUUGAUCUGAUGAAGUCUGAAACACAGGGACAAUUGGAGGAAAUAGAACAAAUCCAGAAAGAAAGGGAGGAAAUGAAAAGUGUUAUUGAAGAUAUCAAGAGAGCAAAAGCUAAUCAGGAAGUGUUGGAAUUUGAGAUUGUGACAAAGAAACGAGAAACAGAUAAUAUCAUGGAAAUGAUCUCAAAAGAAAAAGACAACAUGGACAAAAUUAAGAUUGAAAUGGAAAGAGAGAGGGACGAAUUUGAGAUCACCAAGUGCAAGAUGGUGACGGAGAUGGAUGAGCUGGGACAGAGAAAAGCUGAGAUCGAGAAUGAUAAAUAUGAAGCAGAAAUGUUCAUGGCUGAACUGAAAGAGGAAGAGCAAAGAAUGAAGGAAGUCAUUUGCAAGAUGAAAGACAGUCUCGAGCAGAUCAAAGCUGAAAUACAACCACAGAGUGAAGACAUUGGAAGCAAGAUGGAGGAGCUGAAUGUCCAAAAGGCUGAGAUGGAAAGUGCUAUGACAGAUAUCGACAGACAAGAAAAGGACAUGCAAAACCAAAGACAGCAAAUUGAACAAGACAAACAAAAGAUGAUCAAGGAAAAGGAUGAUCUGGAAAGGAUUAAGAUUGAGAUAGAAACACGAUCAGCACAUCUAGAAAACCUUUUGGAGAAAACAAAGAGGGAGAAAGAAGAUGCUGAGAUAAUGACUAUUCAAGUCCAGAAGGAAAGGAAGGAAAUUGAACGUGUUGUCGAGGAGAACAACAAACGGACAGAGAAACUGGAAUUCAUGAAAACUGAGGUGGAUAAAGAGAAACGAGAAACAGAAAACAUCAAGGACAUGGUAACAAAGGAGAAGAUUGAAUUGGAACAGAUCAGGAUGGAGUUAGAGGCACGAUCUGAACAUCUAGACAACAUCAUGGAUGAGACAACGAGGGAGAAAGAGAAUGUUGCUGAUAUGACUGUCCAAAUGCAGAAAGAAAAAGAGGACAUUGAAAACUUGAUAGUCAACAACAACAGACAGAGAGAGGAACUGGAAUUGAUGAAAGCUGAACUAGAGGACGAGAGAUCGGAGACUGAAAGUGUCAAGGAUGUGCUAUCAAAGCAAAAGAAUGAUCUUGAACAAACGAAGAUUGAGAUGGAGAGAGAGAGAGAAGAAAUGGAUAACACCAAGGACAAUAUUGCAGUUGAUAUGAAUGAGCUGGAACAGAGAAAAGUUGAGAUGGAGGAUCGAAAAUAUGAAGCAGAAAAUUGGGUGGCUGAACUAAAAGAGGAAGGGCAACGAGUGAAGGAGGAAAUCUGCAAGAUGACGGAGAACCUGGAACAGAUCCACACAGGAAUACAAGCACAGAGAGAAGACAUUGAAAGCAAGAUGGAGGAGCUGAAUAUAAAGCAGGCUGAGAUGGAUAAGGCUACGACAGAUAUCAACAGACAUAAAGAGGAAAUGCAAAGUCAAAGGGAAGGAAUAAAACAAGACAAACAAAAGAUGCAAGAUGAAAAGGAUGAACUGGAACAGAUCAAGAUGGAGUUACAAACACCAUCAGAUUUCCUGGAAAACCUCAUUGAGGAGACAAUGGGGAAGAAGGAGGACAUUGAAAGUAUGGCUUUCCAGAGUCAGAAGGAACGGGAGGAAGUUGAAAGUAUUGUUGAGGAUAUCAAGACAAGGAAAGCUGAUCUGGAAUGGAUGAAAGCAACGGCUGAAGUAGAGAAGCAAGAAACAGAAAAAAUCAAGGAAAUGAUCUCCAGGGACAAAGACAAACUAGAACAAAUGACGAUUGAGAUUGAAAGAGAGAAGGAAGAAAUGGAUAUCACCAAGGGCAAAAUUGAAAUGGAUAUGGAUGAGCUAGAAAGUAGAAAGGCUGAGGUAGAGAAUGGAAAACAUCAAUCUGAAAAACGGAUUGCUGAAUUGAAGGAGGAACACCAAAGAAUGAGGGAGGAUAUCGGGAAGAUGAAAGAAAACCUAGACACUGAAAUACAGCUGAAGAGAGAUGAUAUUGAAAGCAAAAUGGAAGAGUUGGAUGUCAAAAAGAGAGAGCUGGAAAACAUGUGGACCGAUAUUUACAGAGAAAAGGAGGAACUACAAAACCAGAGAAAGGAAAUAGAAGAAGACAAACAAAAUAUACUAGAUGGAAAGGGUGGGCUGGAACACAUCAAGGCUGAUUUACAGAUGAAGAGCAAAAAGGAGAAUGUCCAAUUCCAGAUGGAAAAGGAGGAAAUUCAAAGUGUCAUGGUAGAACCCGCGAUAAGAAGACAAGUACUGGAAUUGACAAAAGUGGAGGUAGAGAAGGAAGAAACAGAGAACAUCAAGGACAUUGCAUUAAAGGAUCAGAAACAUCUGGAACAAAUGAAGAUUGAGAUGGAAAGAGAAAGAGAAGAAAUUGAUAAUACCAAGAUCAAGAUAGCGAUCGAUAUGGAAAGGCUGGAAGCGACAAAGGUUGUAAUAGAGAGACAACUGAAAGAAGAACAACGACAAAUGAGGGAGGAUAUCGAGAAGAUGAAGGACAACCAAGAGCAGAUCAAUGCUGAAAUACAAUUACAGCGAGAGGACAUUGCAGCCCAAAUGGCUGAGUUAAAUGUCAAAAAAGCAGAGUUGGAAAACAUUCAAGCUGAUCUAGACAGACAGAAAGUAGAACAUGAUGACAUGAGAAAAUACAUAUUUGUGGGAAAGAAUCAACUGGACGAGAGGAAUGCUGCCUUGCAAAAACAAAGGGAGGAGAUGGAUAAAAUCAUGGAACCAACAGCUGUGAUAAAGGCUGAAGUACAAACACAGACAGAGCCCAUGGAAGACAGCUUGGAGGAACAGCUCAAAGGGGACAUGGAAGAAGUUGAAGGUCAUGACAUAGACAAAGAGAAAGAGGACCUGGGACAAACCAACAGGCUGGCAAUGAUAGAGAGGGAUGAGUUGGAAUCCAUGGAGUCUGAAAUAGGAAAACAAAGACAGGAAAUAGAGGAGAACAAUCAAAAGAUACAGGAUGAGAAGGCUGAGAUUGAAAAGAUCAAGAAUGAUUUACAGAAACGGUCAGAGAAUCUAGACAACCUCGUGGAAGAGACAAAGGGGGAAAAGGAGAAUGUUAAGGACAGGACUGCUCAAAUCCAGAAGGGCCAGGAGGGAAUUGAACGUGUUAUUGAGGAUACCAAGACAAAGAGCCCUGAACUGGAAAUGUUGAAAGCUGAGAUAAAGACAGAGAAACAAGAAACAUUCAACCUGAAGGACAUGACAUCAAAGGAGAAACGUGACUUGGAACAAAUUAAGGUGAAAAUGGAGAAAGAAAUACAAGAACUGGAGAACACCAAGGACACGGCAGAAAUUGAUAUUAGUCAGCUGGAACAAAGAAGGGUUCAGUUAGAAGGAGAAGAAGAUGGAAUGAAAAAUCUGAUGGCUUCGCUGAAAGAGGAAGAGCAGAGUAUGAAAGAGAAUAUUGGGAAGAUGAAAGACAAUUUUGAGCAGAUUAAUGCUGAAAUACAAGUACAGAGAGAUGACGUUGCAACACAAAUGGAAGAGUUAAAUGUCAAGAAAGAAGAGCUGGAAAACAUUCAAAUGGACAUCGACAGACAAAUAGAACAGAUGGGCAAAACACAAAAUGCUAUGAUCAUGGAAAAGAAUGAACUGGAAGAGAAGCUUGCUGGCGUGCAAAAACAAACGGAGGAGGAGGUGGAAGCCAUCAUUGAAAUGACAAAGAGGGGGAGGGAGGAUGUGGCGAGGAUAAAGGCUGAAACAGAGGAACAGAAAGAUCAAAUGGAAGACAACCUGAUGGAAACUCUGAAACACGACAGGGAGGAACUUGAACGCCUGAAAGAAACAGAAAGAAAGGAGGAAACUAAGGGCAUUAAAGAGAAGACAGGGAGGGAGACGGAGGGGUUCGAACGGGUUAACAUAGAGGCCCAGAAAGUGCUGCAAGAUCUGGAGAACGUUGUGGAGGAAACCAUGGAGAACGAGGGUGCAGAGGAAAUGGCUAUCCAAAUACAAAAGCAAAUGGAGGACAAUGUGAGAAUCAUUGAGGAGAUGGAGCAAGAGAAGGCGUAUUUAGAGCUGAUGAACGUUAAGAUGCAAAGUGAGAGAGAAGAAAUAGACUCUAACAAGGCCAUUAUUGAAAGGGAGAAGGAUGACCUGCAACAAAUGAAGUCUAUGAUUACACGGCAGAGAUGCGAAAUUGAACAAAUUACAGCCGUCUUAAGGGACGAGAGGGACACUCUUGAGCAAUUUAAGACUGAUAUGGAAAGACAGCGACAAGAGAUGAUGAACAAUAUGGACUUGGUGGAAAGAGAGAGAGAUGAACUGGGAAAGACGAGGUCGGAGAUGGAUGAGUUGGAACACAUGCCAGCUGAAACAGAAAGACCGAAGGAGAAGAUGGACAAAAGAAAGGGUGCAGCAAUGAUGGAGACGCCUCCGCUGGAGGAAAGAGAAGACAGCGUUCAGAAACAGAGUGUUGAAGUUCUCUUCAUCUCAGAUACAACACAGACAGAAAAAAUAAAGGAUGAACCCGAACAAAGCGUGGUUGAGACACUUCAGACACAGGGCGAAACGAUGGACUCAGUCAAGAAGGACAGAGAUGAUAUCGAACAAAUGAGAGCAACAGAUGAAAGGCUCCCAAAGAGAGAUCAUUUGGAGAAAAUCCGUCAGGAGGCUCAGGCAGAAAAGGAGGAGAUUGAGAAGAUUAAGCACAGAGUUCAUGAGAUGAAAGAACAUCUAGAGGGAAGACUGGCAGUGAUUCAGAGACACGAGUUGGUACAGAGAACAAGGAUACAAAGGGAGAAAGAAGAGCUAAAGAAGAUGAAGGAAGAGUUGGAGAGAGACAGCCAAGCUCGGCAAACAGAGUGGGACAGAGGCAGGAGGAAACUUCAGGAGAAGGACCAGGAGCUUGAGAUGCUAAAAGUGGAGAUGUUCCGAGAGAUCGAAAGACUGCAGGUUCAUAUGGAAAAAGAGAUGGAGACACUGGAGACAAGUGACAAAGGUGUCCAAACCUCAGACGUGGUAUUCACCAUAGAAGAAGAGAGAAUGUGGUUGAUGGAGGACUCAAUGACAGAGGAGUACAGUAUGCUGGCAGAAAUAAGUCAAGAAACAGAGCAAACCACAGUGGAUAUGACAUUCGCCAGUUCAUCACUGGAGCUCCAGGGUCAAUCAGAGGAGCACACAGCGAUAGAGGAUGCUCAGAUGAGCGUAGUAAGAGCAGAGGCUUCUCCAUUCAGCAGGUUGCUACGGUGGCUUUGGCGCUACUGCUGUGGCUGCUGCCGCUGUUGUGACUGCUGCGGAAGGGAGUGUGAAGAAGAAGAGGAGGAGAACAUAGUAUAGUCCCAACUAUAUCAGUGGGGCUUAAAAUAAAUACAUUUGCUAUGUAAAGGCUGUGUGGGGAAAAAAUAUGGUUCAGUAAUAUGAAUUGUGAAACAAAACCAUCAGGUAUCAUUCAUUCAGUUACAUCACGUAUGAUCUCUAUUCUACGAUGCCCAAGUGAUAAGAAAUCAUGUGGAGAUGAUGAUAUGCAACAACCUGAUUUAUAUGCCGUGUUGUAAGGGUUGUGCAGUAUUGCAGUGCUAUGUAUUUACAAUGAUGGUGAACUAAGUUUGCACUGAAUAUUAGAUCUAGAGAGAGCAACAUGUACCUUUAUUUAUUUGUUAUAUUUAUAAUGAAAUAUGUAUUUAUUAUAUCUCUUUACAGCUUUUGUUGAAGGUGCACUGGAUGCUGAAUGGACUCUUAUCAAGAUUUGUCAAAACAAAUGAUUUCUAUUACAUUUAGUUUUCUUAUUUUUAUACACACAGAAUUUGCAGUAAAACAAAGCGCUAUUCUUUCAUUUUCUCAGGGACAGCUGUUGUUCUUUAAGCCAAUAUUUUGUAAGUGUAAAAGCCUUGUAAAUUAAUUUAUAAGCGUGUCAUUCUAAUGUAUUAAAUUUGGUUAUUUCUGCA